AUGUUUAGACAAAACCUUCUCCGCAGAUCUAUUAGAUCUCUUGCAACUGUAGUUGAAGAAAAACAACCAAGAUUAAAAAAAUUUCAAAUUUAUAGAUGGAAUCCUGAUACACCAGAAGUUCAACCAAAAAUGCAAACUUAUGAAGUUGAUUUAAAUAAAUGUGGACCUAUGGUAUUAGAUGCAUUAUUAAAGAUUAAAAAUGAAGAAGAUGCAACAUUAACAUUUAGAAGAUCAUGUCGUGAAGGUAUAUGUGGAUCAUGUGCAAUGAAUAUUGGAGGUAGAAAUACUUUAGCAUGUUUAUGUAGAAUAGAUCAAGAUACUUCAAAAGAUACAAAAGUUUAUCCAUUACCUCAUAUGUUUGUUGUUAGAGAUUUAGUUCCAGAUUUAACUCAUUUUUAUAAACAAUAUAAAUCUAUUCAACCUUAUUUAAAAAGAGAUGAUCAUCCAGCUGAUGGUAGAGAAAAUUUACAAAGUAUUGAAGAUAGAGCUAAAUUAGAUGGAUUAUAUGAAUGUAUAUUAUGUGCAUGUUGUUCAACUUCAUGUCCUUCAUAUUGGUGGAAUCAACAACAAUAUUUAGGUCCUGCAGUAUUAAUGCAAGCUUAUAGAUGGUUAAUUGAUUCAAGAGAUCAAGCUACUGCUGAAAGAAAAGCAAUGUUACAAAAUUCAAUGAGUUUAUAUAGAUGUCAUACAAUUAUGAAUUGUGCAAGAACUUGUCCAAAAGGUUUAAAUCCAGGUAAAGCUAUAGCGGAAAUUAAAAAACAAUUAGCAUUUGAUUAA